GAUAUACAAGGAAUGUUGAGCUUGUAUGAAGCUGCUGAACUAAGAAUGCAUGGAGAGGAUAUACUUGAAGAAGCACAUAAUUUCGCUCUUGUUCAGUUAACUAAGUCUCUAACUACCCAAUUAAGUCCUUCUAUGAUUGCACAAGUCAAGCAUAGCUUAAGACGAUCACUUCGAAAGGGAUUGCCUAGGCUGGAGGCCACAUAUUAUAUGUCUUUCUACGAAGAAGAUCCUUCACAUGAUGAAAAUUUGCUAACAUUUGCAAAACUAGAUUUUAAUAUGUUGCAGGAGUUACAUCAGAAAGAAGUUAACAAUGUGACCAGGUGGUGGAUUAAGAAUUUAAAUGUCUCAACGAAAUUGCCAUUUGUACGAGAUAGGAUUGUAGAAUGUUACUUUUGGAUUUUGGGAAUAUACUUUGAGCCACAAUAUUCUCUUGCUAGAAGGAUAACAACGAAAGUAAUUGCUCUAUGUUCUGUCAUUGAUGACAUGUAUGAUGCCUAUGGAACCAUUGACGAACUUGAGCUUUUCACCAAUGCAAUUGAGAGGUGGGAUAUUUGUUGCUUGGAUGAUCUCCCAGAAUAUAUGAAAGUAUGUUAUAUGGAAAUUUUGAAUGUUUAUGAAGAAAUAGAGGAAGAGAUGAGAAAACAAGGAAAAGUAUAUUGCAUCAAGUAUGCUAAGAAAGAGAUGAAAAGAUUAAUCAAGGCUCACAUGGCUGAGGCAAGAUGGCUUCAUUGCAAUCAUACACCGACAAUAGAGGAGUACAUGCAAGUUAGAAUUGUAUCAAGUGGUUACUCUAUGGUGAUCACCAUAUGUUUUGUUGGCAUGAAAGAUACAACAGAGGAGGUCCUUAUAUGGGCAACAAGUGAUCCAAUAAUUAUUGGGGCUGCUUCGAUUAUUAGUAGGCUUAUGGAUGACAUUGUUGGAAAUGAGUUUGAGCAGGAAAGAAGACACAUUGCAUCAAGCAUUGAAUGCUAUAUGAAGCAACAUAACACCUCAAGGCAAGAUGCCAUUAAUAAACUACUUGAGAUGGUUAAGAGUUCUUGGAAGGACAUCAAUGAGGCAUGCCUUAAUCCUACUGAAGUGCCAAUGAAUUUUCUUUUGCGUGUUGUCAACCUUGUGCGCAUGAUGGACGUGCUUUACAAAGAUGAAGAUAAUUAUACAAAUGCAGGAGGGUUAAUGAAGGAUUACAUCAAAACUUUAUUAGUUAAUAAGAUGUCUGCCCGUAUAAGCUAGAAGCUUAGUUAUUUUAUUAUUGAUCUGUUUCUUUAAUUUAUGUAAUAUAACAUGGUAAUUUCUCUUUAGCUUAAUUUGGUGUGUAUACCUUAAUUUUAUUAAUGUGUUUUCUAAAA